UCAUUGCUGCAUAUUUGCAUUUUUCUCCCACAAAAACAUAGGGAAAGGUCAAGCAGAAAGAAAUGAUAUGUUUAUUUUUCACUUUGUUUUUCCUUUACAAAAUAGGUCAAAGGAUUCGAAACUGACAAGAAAGAGGCUGAGGUGGAUUAGAUAACCAUAUAUAUCCAGGUGACGUGAGCGAGUGAAAGACGUAGCGAAUACCUCUUGCCCUGUCCUUGGGGUGUGUGCCUAAGUGCCUUAACCCGUUACCCUAUUUAUACCCAUUUGCUCUUCCGCGCUUCCAGCCCACCCUCGCCUGUUGCUUUCUUUUUCCUUGCUUCCACACUAUUCUUCAUCAUCAUCUUGUUUCCAAAUUCUUGAAGGAAAAAACAUGGAGAGAGCGGAUUCGUCUGCGCUGGCUCGCUCUCGAUUAGCCAUCCUGUCAGCCCACUUGGAGGCUUGUCUCAAAUCCUCGUCAUUCGGCUCCGUGAUCCAGCCAUCUUGUGUUUCAGCUCAAUCUGGGAUCCAGCCUCCUGGAGAUCUCAAGGGUUCAUUGACCAUCGUUGACGAUCGAACAGCAAAGAAGUACCAAGUUCAGGUCUCUUCCCAUGGGACCGUCAAAGCUACAGAUUUGAAGAAGAUUACAACUGGAAAUAAUGACAAGGGACUCAAACUUUAUGACCCGGGGUAUCUCAACACAGCUCCUGUUCGGUCAUCGAUUUGUUACAUUGAUGGUGAUGCGGGGAUUCUUAGAUAUAGAGGCUACCCAAUUGAAGAGUUGGCCGAGAGUAGUUCUUUUCUGGAAGUGGCGUACCUCUUAAUGUAUGGGAAUUUACCUUCUGAAAGUCAGUUAGCAGACUGGGAAUUUGCUGUUUCUCAACACUCAGCUGUUCCACAGGGAAUUUUGGAUAUUAUACAGGCUAUGCCUCAUGAUGCUCAUCCAAUGGGUGUACUUGUCAGUGCAAUGAGUGCUCUUUCUGUUUUUCAUCCAGAUGCCAAUCCUGCUCUUAGAGGGCAAGAUCUUUACCAGUCAAAACAAGUGAGAGAUAAACAAAUAGCACGCGUACUUGGGAAGGCACCCACAAUUGCAGCAGCAGCUUAUUUGAGGAUGGCAGGAAGACCUCCAGUUCUCCCUUCCAGCAGUUUUUCUUACUCAGAGAACUUCUUAUAUAUGCUAGAUUCAUUAAGCAAUAGGUCUUACAAGCCCAAUCCUCGACUAGCUCGAGUGCUAGACAUUCUUUUCAUUCUGCAUGCAGAACAUGAGAUGAAUUGCUCCACAGCUGCAGCCCGACAUCUUUCUUCAAGUGGUGUUGAUGUAUACACUGCUCUUGCUGGAGCUGUUGGAGCAUUGUAUGGUCCUCUUCAUGGUGGUGCAAAUGAGGCUGUGCUUAAGAUGUUGAGUGAGAUUGGAACGAUCGAGAACAUCCCAGAGUUCAUUGAGGGUGUCAAAAACAGGAAGCGAAAGAUGUCUGGAUUUGGGCACCGCGUAUACAAAAAUUAUGAUCCCAGGGCAAAGGUCAUAAAGAAACUGGCAGAGGAAGUAUUUUCCAUCGUUGGUCGGGAUCCUCUCAUUGAGGUAGCUGUUGCUUUGGAGAAGGCUGCAUUGUCAGAUGAGUAUUUUAUUAAGAGGAAGCUAUAUCCAAAUGUUGAUUUCUACUCUGGGUUAAUCUAUAGGGCAAUGGGAUUCCCAACUGAGUUCUUCCCUGUUCUGUUUGCAAUUCCUCGAAUGGCUGGAUACUUGGCACACUGGAGAGAGUCUCUGGAUGAUCCUGAUACAAAGAUAAUGAGACCACAACAGGUGUAUACUGGGGAAUGGCUACGGCAUUUUAUGCCAGUUAAAGAGCGGAUGAUGUCAGCUGAAGCAGACAGACUGGGCCAGGUGUCUAUUUCAAAUGCCACUAGACGAAGGCUGGCUGGAUCAGGAAUGUAACCCCAAUAUGCACAUAUGUUGCAUCAGAAGAGGAUAAAAUAAUUGCUUGAAAAAUUAGGAGAAAUAAAUGUGUAGGAGGUCAAGGUUUCCAGGUUAUGGUGAAAGAAUGUGCAACCCCAUAAAAUAAGAAGCAUAUCAGCUGUGGAUAUGAACAUUGUUACAUGAUUUAAUCUAAAUGUUAACCUGUCAAAAUAACUUCUGAUGUAGAGGUUUGCAUCUUGAAA